AUUAACUCCAAGUUAAUUACGUCUCCUCUUCAAGAACAUUCACUUCAAGUUUGUAAACAGAAAAAAAAAAGAUUGAAUCUUUGAUUAAACAGCAAAGCAUAACUCACGCCGGAAUCCAGCUCUCACCGUCCAUUUCUACUUCUCCAGAUUCCAUUCUUUCCCCUCCACUUGCUUCCUUUCCUUCCUUCCUUCCAUUUUCCUAGCCCCUGCCUCCCAAUCCUUCACGAGCAUUAAACCCAACAAUCACAACAGUGUCAACGCCGUCUUCCGCUCUCUUUGUCUCACUUCACCUUUUCCCCUCAACCUCUCUCUCUCUCCAGUUGUUUUCUGUUUCCGUGGGUUCUGUUUGUGUUGAGUCCAAAAAAUGACUGUGGAGCAAGGAGUUGGAGGGAAUCAGGACCAGUUCCCCAUUGGCAUGCGGGUUUUGGCUGUCGACGAUGACCUAACUUGCCUUAUGGUUCUGGAAACCCUGCUUCGCAAAUGCCAAUAUCAUGUGACCACCACAAGCCAGGCAAGGAUGGCAUUGAAGAUUUUGAGAGAAAGGAGGAACGACUUUGACCUUGUUAUCAGUGAUGUUCAUAUGCCAGAUAUGGACGGUUUCCAUUUGCUCGAGAAAGUUGGGCUUGAAAUGGAUCUCCCUGUCAUAAUGUUGUCAGCGAACAGUGAUCCGAAGGUGGUGAUGAAGGGGAUUACUCAUGGUGCUUGUGAUUACCUGCUGAAGCCCAUUCGGAUUGAGGAGCUCAAGAACAUAUGGCAACAUGUUGUUAGGAAGAAGAAGCCCGAUAACAAGAAUAAUGUUGACAAGCCUCAUUCUCAGAGUGGUGAAGCUACUUCAGACCACAAACUGAACAAGAAACGAAAGGACCAAAAUGAUGAAGAAGAUGAUGACCCUGAUGAGAAUGGAAAUGACAAUGACGACCCCACCAGCCAGAAGAAACCCCGUGUUGUUUGGUCUGUGGAGCUGCAUCGCAAGUUUGUCUCUGCUGUCAAUCACUUGGGCAUCGACAAGGCUGUGCCGAAGAAGAUCCUGGAACUGAUGAAUGUCGAGAAGCUGUCAAGAGAAAAUGUGGCCAGUCACCUUCAGAAAUAUAGGCUUUAUCUCAGAAGGAUCAGUACAGUGGCGAACCAGCAUGCUAACAUGGCAGCAGCUUUAGUCAGCAAUGAUGCUUCAUAUUUGCAAAUGGGUGGUUCUCUGACUGGACUUGGGCUACAUAACAUUGCUGGAAAUGGGUUUCAGAAUGGAGCAGGUUACAGAUCGGUAACUUCAAAUGGCAUGCUAGGGAGGUUGAAUUCACCAGCUGGCAUGAGCAUUCAUGGUCUUCCUUCUUCUGGAAUAGUGCAAGUAGCAGCCCAUGUACAGGGUGGCAGAAGCCAUUUGACUACUAAUCAGAGACAGUUCCAGUCGGCAAUAAGCAAUGCAAAUGUUCUACAAGGGAUGCCUGUUUCAUUAGAACUCAAUCAAAUACAGUCUAAUAACAAGGGGCUUAAUUACAUUAGGCAACCGAUUCCUCCCACUGUUGAAACUACUACAACUGCUUUCCCUCCCGACAUGAGUAUGGUUGCUGGCGGCGGCUCGAAUGGUUCUUUUGUUGGAGGGGCUUCAGAAAAGCCCUUGUUUCUUGACCAUGGUCGAUGCAAUGAGAACUGGUCAAAUGCUGCUGCUCAUUCCACCGGCAGCACAACCUUGUUUCUUGAUCAUUUUGAUGUGUCUUCUCGCUCUUCACUGCCCAUUCAUUUGCAGGGCACAAAAGCAGACUUAGGAUGCCGGGUGGCAUCAGCUAGCAGUAAUGGUGCGCAAAUGAUUAGUAAUGCUCCACAGCAGGGCUGGGAUAGAUUGGGUGCACCAUCGUAUAACCACUUAAAUAAUGUGGGGUCGAGUUCAGCGACCUUGUCGAUUCAAGAUAAUGGUGGGGUGGAUAUGACUAACCAGAGAUGGGAUGCAAACAAUGCAAGCUUGAUGAGAACUCCGAGCUUCAGUUCAACUACACAAUCAAAUUUCGUCGAUGCCUCGUUGGUGAAGCAUAAUGGUCUUUCAGUGGAGAUACCUGGGGUGUCGAUUGCACGCCAGUCAAACCAACAACAUAAUUUGCAGACGGGUCACAGUAACUUCGGCUCCUUGGAAGAUGUAGCCGGGUUUAUGGUCACUCGGGAAUGGACUAGGUGAGACUAAAUCAAGGAGAAAAGUCUUUUCUUGACAGUAAGUAGGCAGCAGGCAUGCAUAUAACAUAGAUUCUUAUGAGGCAUCAUGCAACAGGAGGCAUCAGUGGAGGAAGAAGGGUUUCUCUUCUCUUUCUGGAAUUCUCAGCUGUAUGCACCACCAUUGUACCCUUUUUUCCCUCUUCUAUAGAGAAUUGCAGCAAGGUGUAUGUGGUCUGGUCUUUGUUUUUCACUUCCUAUUGUUUCGCCUCAUCGCCUCUGUUUUAAGUUUUAACUUAUUAGAGCCAGACUGGAAAUUUUCGCAAGAACAGUAAUGGAAAUCAUUACCUAUUCUGCAAUAAAGUGUAGCCAUUGCUAUUUAGUAGGUGUUGCGGGAUAUGGUCUCCUUUCUUACC